AUGGCCACAGGGGGCCGUGCAUGGAGGCAUGUCGGGAGGUAUGCAGGGAGGCAUGCAGGGAGGCAUGCAGGGAGGCAUGCAGGGAGGUAUGGAGGGAGGCAUGCAGGGAGGCAUGCAGGGAGGCAUGCAGGGAGCCAUGCAGGGAGGCAUGCAGGGAGGCAUGCAGGGAGGCAUGCAGGGAGCAGUGGUCGGCGCUUGCUGUAUGAUCAUGAUGGUGCCUUGAGGUCGCGGCACCACCGGCUGUUCAACUCGUGCUGGAGUGUGCAUGAGCGGCACUAUUACCAAUCCGCGUCAUCUUCCAAGACACCAAUGGCAGAGGAGCUGGCAGAGCGGCUGAAGGUGUAUGCAGAGAGGCAGGCGCGGUGCAUCAAUGGAGUGAAGAACUGGCCGGUUUUCCUCUCCAAUCCCACAAAAGGACUUGAAGACGGAGUGGAUGCAUCCUCCCUGCAGGAAUGCUCCUAUCUCUUUCAUCUCGACCCUGCAUACAGCGGUCUGGGCAACCAGCUGCUCGCCCUCGUCUCCUCCUUCACCUACGCCCUUCUCGCCAACCGCACGCUCAUCAUCAACCCACACGCGCAGGCAGCCCUCUUCCUCUGCGACCCCUUCGCAUUCACCCCCACCCCAUCCACCUGGAUGCCCAUGAACUCACCCACCUUCGCGGCGCUGCACGAUGUGAUCACAAAGCAGCAGUCUCCGAGGUGUGGCACGCCACCAUACGCUGCAGCCGUGGACACUCUGUGCAGCAGCAGCAGCAGCAGCACUACCAGCAGCAGAACCAUGAAUAACACAAGCGCUAACCCCACUGAGGAGGGCGAACUCAGUGCAACGCCAGAACUCCCUUGUGCUGCUGCAGCUUCUGCAGCUGCUGCCACUAUAAUCAACAGCAGCAGCAGCAGCGCUGAAAGGAUCGACAUGAUAUACGCGGAGCUCAAAUUCUCUGCAUCAGAGGCAGACCUAGCUGUCUUCUGUCCGCACCACCAGAAGCAGCACCAACACGGCUCCCUCUCCUCGGUUCGAGUCCUCGGUCUGCUAACCGACGCAUACCUUCUCCCCGCUCUCUACCACACACCACAUUUUCAAGCUGAGUUGGAGCUUUUAUUCCCCGACCGCCUGCCUUUGAUGCAUGUGGGGCGCUACCUGCUGCACCCCGCCAACUACCUCUGGGAGGAAAUCACCCGCGCCUUCCGAGCCUACCUUGCCCCGCACCAACACAGGGUUGGGAUUCAGAUCCGUGAGUUUCAGAAGUACGUACCAGCAGACGACGUGCUCGACAAGGUGGUGGAUUGCCUGGUGAACGUGACUCAAGUGGUGCCCCCCAUUGUGCCACACGAGGACUGGGAGAAGCUGACGAAGCAGGCCGGUCAUUCAGAUCAGGGAAACGAGAGCAGUGGUGGUGGUGGUGGUGGAAGGGCGGAGGCGAGGAGACUAACUGGUGCAGUGGGGAGGAGGAAGGAGGGGAGGAGGAAGGAGGGGAGCAUGGGAGUGAUUGUGGCGUCACUGCGGGCAGCGUAUGGGGAGAUGUUGAGGGAGAUGCUGAGGGAGAUGCUGAGGGAGAUGCUGAGGGAGAUGUUGAGGGAGAUGCUGAGGGAGAUGCUGAGGGAGAUGAGCAUAGAAGGGCGGCUAGCAGGCGGGCAGGAGAUCGCUGUCAGCAUGGAGUUGCUGAGGGAGAUGGGCAUAGAAGGGCAGGUAGAGGGCGGGCAGGAGAUCCCUCAGCAUCAGCUGAGGGGGAAGAAGCAGGCCAUUAGAAUCAACUCAUCCCGCAUCUGUCACCGCUCCACCCCCAUCCCCACCCCACGCCACGAUGGAGCACAGCAGCUGAGGGAGAGGAAGCAGGCGGAGAGGGCGCUGAGGGAGAUGUGGCUGCUCUCCAUGUGUGACACACUACUAAUAACGGACACAUCCACAUUCGGCUACAUAGCAGCAGGCCUGGCGGGCGUUCGCCCCUACUCUCUCAACAUCGUUACCCGCUACCACAGCAACUGGCGCAAGAACAACCGAGCCUCCUGCUCCCGGACCUCCACCGAGCCUUGCUACCUGUCGAUAUUUGAUGCCAAGUCGAGACAUAUUCAGUGUCCCAGCAGCCCUCCAGUUACCUCACUUGCAGCUGUCUCUUCCCUCGUUGAAUACUGUCCCAAUUAUGGCAUGGGCCUUUCCAUUGUGCAAAAACGCACAGAAAGCAGCUUCUAUUGA